GUGAUCCGAAAGCAUCCGAAAGCAGAGAUUCGAAAUCCAAGAUGGCAGCCGUGAUGUGGCAGGGCUCGCGCAAAAUCCCAUCCCAGUGCGAUCGAUAAUGGUCCAGCGUUGAGAUGAGCCCCCCCGUUGUGCUUCCGUGAUGUGAUGGGCAGGGUUGGGAUUUUCCGUUUUUCAAGCAAAAUGAAGCCCUUUACAAAGUGCUAGUGUUGGGGGUGGGCGUGAAAAGCAAGAAAGAAAGAAAAAACAAACUUGUGCCAACAAUCUACGGUGUCGGAUGCGUGACACCGUGGGUCCUUUUCGUGUCAGUAGGGAAGGAGGCUGCAGUGUACCACCGUACACGGUCGCCAUCUUGCACUGGCACUAGCGAGGCGCGCCAAUUAGCAAAGGAUCAAGGUUUUCGCAGCUACCACAGCAACAAACAACAGCAACGACGACGACGACGACAACGGCGACGGCGACGGCGACGACGGCAACGGGCGUCAGCACGUCCGCCUCGAAGAAGAAGAAGAAAAGCAGCAACAUGUUGGGCCGGAAGCAGAGCAUCAAGGGCGAACCGGUUCUGGCCGACUACGGACCGGAGGAGUCGUUGAACGAGAGCGCUGACAUCGAGUGGGUCAAUAAGCUAUGGGUCCGCCGAUUGAUGCGCCUCUGUGCCUUGAUAUCGCUGACAUCCGUGUCGCUGAACACGCCGAAAACCUUCGAGCGUCACCCGUUCCUGCAGUACUGUACCUUCUGCUGCGAUACGGUGGCUACGCUGCUGUUCACCUCCGAAAUGAUAGCCAAGAUACAUAUCCGUGGCGCGUUGCGGGGCGAAGCACCCUACUUCAAGGAUCACUGGUGCCAGUUCGACGCAUCCAUGGUGCUGUUUCUGUGGCUCUCCGUCAGCCUGCAGGUGUUCGAGAUGCUCGAGAUCGUGCCCAAAUUCUCCUACCUCAGCACGGUCCGUGCACCGCGGCCCCUCAUCAUGAUACGCUUCCUGCGCGUCUUCCUCAAGUUCUCAAUGCCAAAGAGCCGCAUCAAUCAGAUCUUCAAGCGAUCGAGCCAGCAGAUCUACAACGUGACGCUGUUCUUUCUGUUCUUCAUGUCCUUGUAUGGGCUGCUUGGGGUGCAGUUUUUCGGUGAGCUCAAGAACCACUGCGUGCUGAACACAACCGAGCGGGAAAGUUUGACGAUUAACUCGCUCGCGAUACCGGACACGUUCUGUUCGCUCGAUCCGAACUCUGGCUACCAGUGCCCGACCGGCAUGAAGUGCAUGAAGAUGGACUUCCUCACGAACUACGCGAUGGGUUUCACCGGGUUCGAGGAUAUCGCGACCAGCAUCUUCACCGUGUACCAGGCGGCCUCGCAGGAGGGCUGGGUGUUCAUCAUGUACCGUGCGAUCGAUUCCCUGCCGGCGUGGCGUGCCGCGUUCUACUUCAGCACGAUGAUCUUCUUCCUAGCGUGGCUGGUGAAGAACGUUUUCAUAGCUGUCAUUACGGAGACGUUCAACGAGAUACGCGUCCAGUUUCAGCAGAUGUGGGGUGUACGGGGUCACAUACAGAAUAGCACCGCGUCACAGAUCAUCACCGGUGAUGAUAGUGGCUGGAAGCUGGUGACGAUCGAUGACAACAAGCAUGGUGGAAUAGCACCGGAAACGUGCCACACGAUCCUGCGAUCGCCAUACUUCCGCAUGCUCGUGAUGACGGUCGUGUUGGCGAAUGGGAUCGUGACUGCGACUAUGCAUUUUAAGCACGACGGCCGCCAACGGCAGGUGUUCUAUGAGAAGUACUAUUACAUCGAGAUCGCGUUCACGUUCUUCCUCGAUCUGGAGACGCUGUUCAAGAUCUACUGCCUCGGGUGGCGCAGCUACUUCAAGCACUCGAUCCAUAAGUUCGAACUACUGCUCGCGAUCGGCACGACGCUCCACAUCAUACCGGCACUCUACCUAAGCGGGUUCACCUACUUCCAGGUUUUGCGAGUCGUCCGCCUGAUCAAGGCCUCGCCCAUGCUGGAGGGGUUCGUGUACAAGAUCUUCGGACCAGGCAAGAAGCUCGGUUCGCUGAUCAUUUUCACCAUGUGCUUGCUGAUCAUCAGCUCAAGCAUUUCGAUGCAGCUGUUCUGCUUCCUGUGCGAUUACACCAAGUUCGAGAGCUUCCCAGACGCGUUCAUGUCCAUGUUCCAGAUCCUCACGCAGGAAGCCUGGGUAGAGGUUAUGGACGAGACGAUGAUACGGACAAGCAAGACACUCACACCGCUGGUGGCGGUGUACUUCAUCCUUUACCAUCUCUUCGUCACACUGAUCGUGUUGAGCUUGUUCGUGGCCGUCAUUCUCGAUAAUCUCGAGCUUGACGAAGACAUCAAGAAGCUGAAGCAGCUAAAGUUCCGCGAACAAAGCGCCGAGAUCAAGGAGACGCUCCCGUUCCGGUUGCGCAUCUUUGAAAAGUUCCCCGACUCGCCCCAGAUGGCCAUUCUGCACAAGAUCCCUAACGACUUCACGCUCCCGAAGGUGCGCGAGUCGUUUAUGAAGCAGUUCGUGUUGGAGAUGGAACCGGAAGACCUAGAGGGCUACCAGCGGCCAAUGCCAGAGUGUUGGGAUUCGCGGAUCGCCUACAAAAAACAUCGCCCAAUCAACGUGAUGAACAAGACGGCCAAGGUGUGCAUGGUCGGUAGCGACCUACGAAAGCUAGCCAUCACGCACAUCAUAAACGACUCAAACAACCAGCGACUCAUGCUUGGGGACUCGUCAAUGCUUCCGGUAGCUGGCACCAAGGCUGGUCUGAAGCCGCAGGGUACGAUCACGCAAACGAAACCUUGGCGCGUCGAUCAGAAGAAGUUUGGAUCUCGCUCGAUUCGUCGCUCGGUACGCAGCGGUUCGAUUAAGUUAAAGCAAACGUACGAGCAUCUAAUGGAGAAUGGAGACAUCGGGGCUGCUAGUCGCGUUACGUCUUCACGGGCACGUCCCCAUGAUCUUGACAUUAAGAUCCUGCAGGCCAAACGGCAGCAGGCUGAGAUGCGCCGGAACCAGCGUGAGGAGGACUUACGUGAGAAUCAUCCCUUCUUCGAUACGCCGUUGUUUGCGGUGCCACGUGAAAGCCGUUUCCGCAAGAUCUGCCAGCGAAUCGUGCACGGUCGGUAUGACGCUCGGUUGAAGGAUCCGCUCACGGGUAAGGAGCGAAAAGUGCAGUACAAAAGCCUCCACAACUUUCUGGGCCUAGUGACGUACCUCGACUGGGUGAUGAUCUUCGUCACGACGCUGUCCUGCAUCUCGAUGAUGUUCGAAACACCGCAGUACCGUGUGAUGGAGCACGUCGCGUUGCAGAUGGCCGAGUACACGUUUGUCAUCUUCAUGAGCCUUGAGCUGGCGUUAAAGAUACUCGCCGACGGGUUGUUUUUCACACCCAAAGCGUACAUCAAGGACGUUGCCUCGGUGCUGGACGUGUUCAUCUACAUCGUGUCGACUACCUUCCUGAUCUGGAUGCCUCGCCAGGUGCCGAGUAACUCCUCGGCUCAGCUGCUGAUGAUCUUGCGGUGUCUACGUCCGCUUCGGAUCUUCACACUUGUGCCACACAUGCGCAAGGUGGUGUACGAGCUGUGCCGUGGUUUCAAAGAGAUCCUGCUCGUCUCAACGCUCCUGAUACUGCUGAUGUUCAUCUUCGCCAGCUACGGUGUGCAGUUGUACGGGGGUCGGUUAGCACGCUGCAAUGAUCCGACCAUCCAGAAACGCGAAGACUGCGUGGGAGUCUUCAUGCGUCGUGUAUUCGUCACCAAGAUGAAGCUAACACCGGGCGUAAACGAGUCAUACCCGUCGAUGUUGGUUCCGCGCGUUUGGGCUAACCCACGGCGCUUCAACUUCGAUAACAUUGGGGACGCGAUGUUGGCCCUGUUUGAGGUGCUCUCGUACAAAGGCUGGAUCGACGUACGGGACGUGCUGAUCAAGGCGUUGGGACCCGUGCACGCUAUCUACAUCCACGUGUACAUCUUCCUCGGAUGCAUGAUCGGAUUGACGCUGUUCGUCGGUGUCGUGAUUGCGAACUACUCUGAGAACAAAGGUACCGCCCUACUGACGGUCGACCAGCGUCGUUGGUGUGACCUAAAGAAGCGACUAAAGAUCGCUCAACCGUUGCAUUUGCCACCGCGUCCCGAUGGUCGCAAGUUCCGGGCGUUUGUCUACGACAUCACGCAACAUAUUGCCUUCAAACGUUGCAUCGCUGUCGUCGUGCUCGUCAACAGUAUGCUCCUGUCGAUCACGUGGACUAAGGAUGAGGUGCACACCGAACGGCUGGUGAUCGUCAGUACCAUUCUGACGUUCGUGUUCGUCAUCGAGGUCGUCAUGAAGAACAUCGCGUUCACGCCACGUGGCUACUGGCAGUCCCGCCGGAACCGGUACGAUCUGCUAGUCACCGUGGCCGGCGUCGUCUGGAUCUUCCUGCAGACCACACUGAGAAGCGAUUUAUCAUAUUUCAUUGGUUUUAUGGUUGUCAUAUUGCGGUUUUUCACAAUAACUGGCAAGCAUACGACCUUGAAAAUGUUAAUGCUUACCGUCGGUGUGUCGGUGUGCAAGUCGUUCUUCAUCAUCUUCGGUAUGUUCUUGCUGGUGUUCUUCUACGCCCUCGCCGGCACGAUACUGUUCGGUACGGUCAAGUACGGUGAAGGCAUUGGCCGCCGAGCAAACUUCGGUUCUCCGGUGACCGGCGUUGCGAUGCUGUUCCGCAUCGUGACCGGUGAGGAUUGGAACAAGAUCAUGCACGACUGCAUGGUCCAGCCCCCGUACUGCACGCUGGCCGCCAACUACUGGGAAACGGACUGCGGCAACUUCACCGCGAGCCUGAUCUACUUCUGCACCUUCUACGUCAUCAUCACGUACAUCGUGCUGAACCUGCUAGUCGCUAUUAUCAUGGAGAACUUUUCGCUGUUCUACUCGAACGAAGAGGAUGCGCUGCUGUCGUACGCCGACAUACGGAACUUCCAGAACACGUGGAACAUCGUGGACAUACACCAGCGGGGUGUGAUACCGGUGCGCCGGGUGAAGUUUAUCCUGCGCCUGCUGAAGGGUCGGCUCGAGUGUGACCCGCAGAAGGAUCGUUUGCUGUUCAAAUACAUGUGCUACGAGCUAGAUAAGCUGCACAACGGCGAGGACGUUACCUUCCACGACGUGAUCAACAUGCUGUCGUAUCGAUCGGUUGACAUACGGAAGGCUCUGCAGCUGGAGGAGCUGUUAGCUCGUGAGGAGUUCGAAUACAUCAUCGAGGAAGAGGUGGCGAAACAGACCAUACGCACCUGGCUGGAGGGUUGCUUGAAGAAAAUCCGUGCCAAUAACGUCGCGAAGCAACAAAAUUCCCUGAUCGCUGGACUGCGAGCUACGAACGAUCAGAAACAACAGCAACUGCUGCAACAACAGCAACAGCAGCAGCAACAAUCCGCCACCACCGCUGGUCCGCAGCAGCAGCCCACGCAGCAACCAUUGCAGCAGUCAGCACAGCAACCUCAGCAGUCUUCGCAACAGCAACUACCGGCUCAGCAGCAAGCGGUUAACCAAAGCCAAGGACUCGCCUCACAGGCGGUGUCACCGUUGCAAUCGGUUGCAUCAUCCCAGCAGUCGUCGGUUACCAGCCCGGGCCAAUUACCGAAGCAAGCGGAAGAACAGGCCGCUGGAAAGGAUGCCAGCGUGGAGUCAACGGACACUGGCACCGAUCAGGCGGCUAAAGACAUUGAAAACAAUGCAAAGAACCGCAAGAAGACGGCUACGGUGCUGAAUCGUUCCGAUUCCACCGGUUCCAGCAGUGGAAGGAAAUUUCUAGCCCCAACCCUGUCCGAUCCGCAGGCCAAAAAUGAGAAGGAUCGCUACAUGAGCAAAAAGAAACAACGAGUACCACCGUCGAUAAGUGUUGGCAAGUCGUCGCAUCUGAGCGAAAUCGGCAGCCAUAGUCUGCAUUUGCACUACCAUCAUGGGUUAGGGUACGGCCAUGGGGGUGAUCAUUCGCCUCAUUCACAGCAUCCGCCGUUCCACCAUCAUCAACACCAGCAGCAGCAACACCAGCAACAGCAGCAACAACAGCAGCAACAGCAAGCCAACAGCAGCAAAUUUGGCCACUCGCACUCGAACAUGAUCUACGAGGUGCACGAUUGGUGGCAGGAGCAAGUCCUUAGCACCCAUAGCGAAGAGGAGGACAACUAAAGGCGAUAAAGCAAAAUGGACAAGGAUCCAAAGGAGCGACCGCAUGGCCGUAGAGGAGAUAGGAAGAUUAAAUUAGAGCCAAACAGUAGUUGAAAUGUGUCCCGAAUACGUGUAAACUCUUUGGCGAUAGUCAGUAUUAAACCCACGUUUUACCCAAAAACCACCAGAAACGGCGUAGUGAAUGAGGACGCGUAUUAAUUUGGUACAGAUGUGUUUUGUCCACCUGAAAACGGACGUCGAUGUUGGAUAGGAAUCAAAUGUGUUGUUAUCGUUAACAGGCUGAGCCAGUUGGAAUAUAGAGUGUUUAAAGGAAAGGUUAUAUAACGCCAAGGAAUGGAUAUUGUUGUAGCCGAUUAACGUAGGCAAUAGGAUGUUGUUGAGAGGGCGGAGUGCUGAGCAAAACCGUAGCCAAAUACUGUUGAAACUUAAAAUGUCCUCCACUUGGGAGAACGUACCGUCUUCGCGCCCCGCCGUAUGUAGGCAAAAUUGAACUGCGCCUUCCAUUACAUCGACUUAUCGUCAGGUUCGGAAUUAUAAUUGCGCGAAGAAAGAA